CCGGAGGCUCGAGGAGGAGGACGCAGCCUCCCGCCGGGCCCCCGGCCCCGGCAUGAAGUGUCACUACGAGGCUCUGGGGGUGCGGCGCGACGCCAGCGAGGAGGAGCUGAAGAAGGCCUAUCGGAGGCUGGCCUUGAAAUGGCACCCGGAUAAAAAUUUGGAUAAUGCAGCAGAAGCAGCCGAACAAUUCAAAUUAAUCCAGGCAGCGUAUGAUGUGCUAAGUGAUCCUCAGGAAAGAGCAUGGUAUGAUAAUCAUAGGGAGGCUUUGCUUAAAGGAGGAGCUGAUGGAGAUUAUCAAGAUGACAGCUUAGAUCUGCUUCACUAUUUUACUGUCACCUGUUACUCUGGGUAUGGAGAUGAUGAAAAGGGUUUCUAUGCAGUGUACCGCAAUGUUUUUGAAAUGAUUGUGAAGGAAGAGUUAGAGUCUAGGGGUGAUGAGGAUGAAGAAGAAUUCCCAACAUUUGGAGAUUCCCAGAGUGACUAUGAUACGGUAGUCCAUCCUUUCUAUGCUUAUUGGCAGAGUUUCUGCACUCAAAAGACUUUUGCUUGGAAAGAAGAGUAUGAUACCCGGCAAGCUUCCAAUCGCUGGGAAAAGCGAGCAAUGGAAAAAGAGAACAAAAAGACUAGAGACAAAGCCAGAAAAGAGAAGAAUGAGUUAGUUCGUCAGCUAGUGGCCUUUAUUCGGAAAAGGGAUAGAAGGGUUCAGGCUCAUCGAAAACUUGUGGAAGAGCAGAAUGCAGAAAAGGCCCGCAAAGCAGAAGAGAUGAGGCGGAAACAGAAGCUAAAGCAGGCCAAGUUGGCAGAGCAGUACAAAGAACAGAGUUGGAUGACUAUGGCUGACAUUGAGAAGGAGCUCAGGGAGAUGGAAGCACAAUAUGAAAAGGAGUUUGGAGAUGGAUCAGAUGAAGAAGAAAUGGAUGACCAAGAGACAAAGGAGGGACAGGAUGGUAAACUAAGUGAUGAGGGUGAAGAUAUUGAGAUUUAUGAUGAUUUGUAUUGCCCAGCAUGUGACAAAUCUUUUAAGACAGAAAAGGCCAUGAAGAACCAUGAAAAAUCAAAGAAGCAUCGGGAGAUGGUUGCCUUGUUAAAACAACAGUUGGAAGAGGAGGAGGAAGGUUUUUCAGUACAUCAGGCUAAUGAAAAUGGGGUGGAUGCUAAUGUAGAGGAAGAAACAGAAGAUACACCAAAGCAAAAACUUUCCAAAAAGCAGAAGAAAAAGAAACAGAAAUCUGUGCCGAUGUAUAAUGAUGACUUCAGUAAAGAUGAGACUGUAGAUGAAGUGAUUGUUGAACCAAAAGAAGCUGCCAUUAUUGGUGAGAACAACACCAAAGGAUUGGAAGACAUUUCUCAAGAAAAGGUUGUUGCUUCAGAGGCUUAUGAACAGCCUGAAGAUCCCAAAAAGGCAGAAAAAAAUAUUCCAAAACCCAAAGGAAAGAAAGCCAAGGAUUUGAAAAAAUCUGUCAAAACGUCUGAUGAACAACAAGUAAGUGACGUUCCCAUACGCUGUACAACUUGCCAUGGUGAAUUUUCAUCUCGGAAUAAACUAUUUGAACAUCUGAAGGCCACAGGCCAUGCGAGAGCCCCAUCCACAUCCUCUCUGAGCAGUGCAGCCAGUGGCCGAAGCAAGAAAGAAAAACGUAAAAAUCGAUAGGCCUCCCGCAGACAGUUUUAUUCUUUGAUUGUCUCUAGAAUUCAAAACCAAAACCUGGACUGAAAAUGAUCUAAGAAAUUAUUAAAAUGUAACAUAUCUAUGGAAGCUGCAGUUUCUUGCAGCAUGGACAAGUAUUUUUAUCUUGUAUAAACAUUUUUUGUUUAAUAUAUUUUUUUUAAACAUUUCACUAGUGACUGAUUUACACUUUUGCUGUCUCAAUUGAGCAGAAAUUCUCAAAUGAGUGAAAUACUCUAAAGCUUGUCUUGAUUUCUUUCUGACUCAUGUGGGUCAGAAAUGUACAGGGGGGAAAUAAAUUAUUUUAACACAUA